UGGCGGCGGGCAGCUCCGCCUGCGGGCUGGGGCCGCUGCUCUGUGGGCUCCGGUCGCCGAGCGCCGUCGGUCUUCCUCGGGGAGACACCGGCCCCUUCACCCCACAGACUUGGAAAGGGAAGGGCCGCGGCCUCCGUGGCCGCCCCGGCCGCUGGAGGAAGGGUUCCCCCCCCAUGCGGUGCAGCGUAGGCCAUAAAAACAUCCCUGAAAUGCAGAGCCCUGCGAGUUAAAUCCGCCCAGUGCAAAAGGAAAGCAAAAGGUUUUUAGUGCUCGGAAGGACUGCUUGUGCUGAACGGUCGGAAACUGCCGGACCACGUUUACCAUGCGGUUAUUUAAGGCACGUCCUAUGUAGCGUGGUGUUCCCAGGUGCUUUGGACGUGGUCUACAGUUUGCACCAAGUGCCAUAAGGUCACUGGGAAUUCAGAGGAGCCCAGCUUAAAAUGAGAGAAAAAAGUACUGUUUUUCUGGAUGUUACUUUUAAAAGUCCUGUUCUAAACGACUAAGAACCCUUUGACUCUUAAGAGAUGCUUACAGUGUUUUGACACAAACUCUUACCAAAGUUGAGCACCCAUCUCAAGUCUAAUGAAGCUUUCAGUAGGGCCAUGCGGUUAAAAGAUGAGAAUAAUUCAUGUGGAGCUUAAGCUCAAAUCCUCCAAAAGUUUUUUUUUUUUUUUUUGAGAUUUCCAUCCCUUCGUCCAUUUCACCUUUCACUCAAAUAAAAGCUGAAGAUACUUUGUCAUAGGAUGUGACUGGGUGAGCCUGAGGUCAGGAUGUAAACCUGAAGCAAAUUGCAAAAGGGCAGAAAAAAAAAUCAAGCGUGGGAUACGUUUGUAAUAACAGGUUUAGCCCUGAUUCAUGGGGGUACAGUCACCAUUAGUAGGGCAGGGCUGGUGUGGGUCAUGGGUUUGCAGCGCUUUCAAGUUGCAGUAGUUCUUGUUGCUGUCGGCAGGACCCACGUGAUGAGCCAGCAUCAAAGCACAUCUGGAAAAUCCUUUAAUUUCUUCCUUAUAGGCUUUUUCCUGUCGUGUGUUCUUAUUUAUUUAUUAAACUAUGACAUUAGUUUUUUUUUUGUGGCCUUCUCUAUACUAUUUUUAAUUUUUAAAGGACUCUCCCUCUGUUGUUUUAAUGUUACAGGUUUUCAGCUGGGGAAGGCGCUGAUGUAGGAGGGAAGUGAGAUUCUUGGUGUUACAGAUGUGAAAGUGCAACAGUACAUGACAAAAAUGUUAGCCUAGGCAUGGUGUGGGGGAACAUCCAUGGCUUGUUUGUAGCUGUUUCACUUUAUGGUGUAGGUGAGUCCUUAGUUGUGAUCUUGUCAAUUUUACAAAAGACACUCAACUUGUUGUCUUGUCUUUGCGUGUAAAUACAUUGUAAUACGAACUUAGGGGGGUUGUAGUUCUGAGGCCUUCAUGGUCUGUCAUCUUGGACUCCUCCCUGUGUGCUGAUCUGUAGCUAAAUGGCUGAAAUAAUCAGUCUUAUUAUUUUAAAUAAAGUUCACCUGUGUGUGAAUUGAGUGCUAGUAAAAGUUGCUGAACUAACUAAUUCAUGGGUUUUAUGUUUUCUUGAGUUUUCUAUGCUCAAUUAUUACUUCUUGGGUUUUAGGAAGUUGCUGCCAUCCUCUUUACUACAGAGGCCCUGCUACUAUAAAAAUGUUGGUAGGGUGUUAAUUAGUCUUCAGUGACACUGCUUCUCGCAAUUAAGUAAGGCCAUACGCUGAUAUUUUCUCCUAAAUCCAGCUGUGCUUGUGGAAGAAGCUAAGUUUGCUAGCUGCUUCUUCUCAUGACUUCACUGGGGAUUUUGAUCUACUGGUGGGUUGAUUUAUGUAACUGAUCCGUGUUCUGUCUCAAAAGUGGUCUGUGUUAGCUCAACCCACUAUUUAAAAGUAUUUAAAUCGAGCUGGCUGAUGUUUUUCAGUCAUUUAACGUGAACUCGUGUGAACUACUUUCUGAAGGUAAAUCGGUAAGUUUAGGUCUCCGCCAAGGAAGUAGUGACAGUCAUUUGGAGGCUGUAAGCUUUUUGUUGAUGUACCUGGACGAGGAUGAGGUCAUGUAUCUGUGGGUUUACAUUAAGCUGAAAAUAGUCUUCAUCUUUCUAAUAGCUGCAUAAUGGCUGCGUAUGUGCUGUGUUCAACUGGCCUGGUGGCUUCAGAAAUAGAAGUACAUUUGAACAUAUGAAGAAGAUGUAAUUGUACUGAUGGAGCUGUGUAAUGUAGUUUCCAGCUUAGGACCUGAUGGGCUGGAUUUCUUCUUCCCUAGAAAACGUUUAGGAUGCCUUUGUGAAUAAGCUGUUCUCAUUCCUAUCUUGCUUUCCUAAUGUUGUUUGGCUUCUUGCUUUCUUUUUUAAGUUGUGAUCUUUUUUAAGUUGUGCACCUUGAAUCGGUGUGAAGUGUGCCACAGGUCACUGUAGUAUGUUUUGUUUGGGAAGUUACUUUGAAGUGGUACUCACAUUGCUGUUGUAUGUGGGCCACCAUCAAAUUUCAUGAACUGUUCUGUGCUCUUCUCCAACCUCCCUAUUCAGCUUCCUAUUGUGAACUCUACUUUGUGAGGCUGCUGGUUACUAGAUAACACUUGAGUGAAAAAUCUGGCUGAUGGUCCGGCAUACCUUGUGCUCUGAGGCUCCAGCAGUCAUGGUCUCGUCAGUGCCCUGUUCUUGCAAAUGCUUUCUUCAAACCUGAAUGUAUCUUUAUUUCUGACGUCCAAAGACUUCUUGUGCUUCUGUUUUAUCCCGGUGUGCAACAAACCUUCAUUUGGAGUUGCAGAACUGGGAACUGUAUGUAUCCAUUACUCAGCUGUGGCACCGGGGGAUCAGCAGAGUGCAGCACUGUCUGCCUCAUAGACUUGAAGGACUUAAGUGGACCUUCCGGUAGUAAGAGAAUAUGUUGCAGGAAAUUGGUUGGAUGGUGCUACCGUUGACGUGUUCUGUGUAGUAGAUGCAAGGGAAAGUUGUGGAGCUGAGAAGCCUUUGUAUGUGGAAGCAUCAGGACCUGGUGACGUGGAAACCCUGUUAGAUGCCUGCAUACAUCUGGAGAUCCAUGCUCGGGAAUCUGAAUCGCUGUUAGCCACUUCCUUUUGCUCUCAGCUGCGUUUAGAAUUCCAGCAGCAACUAGAAAUACUAAGUAAACCUGUCUUCAUUUGCAUCAAUAGCUAAAGCAAGUCAAAAUUUGGGGAAGUGGCAUUUGCAUUUGUUGCCAGUUCUGAUUGCUACCAGCACAGAAAACUCUAAAUAAGUAUUCUUUAAAUGUUCUGCUUUCCAUUCCUCCAUGAGGCCACCCGCAUGUGUAUGCCAAUAAUAAUAAGCAGCACCUGUGAUCUUCAGUGGUGGUACUUGUUUCCAAUGCCAUCUCAUCCUGAUGGAACCGGUCCUUACCCUUGCUGCUGCCCUUUCACUGGUUCUCCGAGUACUAAAAUAAAAGCUUAUUAUUUGUCCAGGUCUCGAUCACAGAAAAAAAAAAAAGAGAUCCAUAUAAAAAAUGGAAACAUGAAUGAUGUUAACCUCAUUAGGAAGAGUCUUGCUCAGAUUUAUUUUCCUUUUUUUUUUUUUUAACAGUCGCAAAUACUUUGUGCAUUAAACUAUGUGUUAGCUUCUUAGUUAGAUCUUACUGGAGUUGCAACUUACAAAAGGUUACAAACCAUUUCCAGCAGUUCAGAGACACCAAGUCUUGAAUUAUGAAUUCCAGCCAGUGCUGCCUCCAUGAAGGCCAUUCGCAGAAAGGUAUGCAAGUACAGCUGGGGAGGAUGUGCAAGGAAGUUCUGUAGCACAGAAGAAUUGCAGUUUUACGGAGAGGUGUUACCUUUAUUCACUGCCCUUCAACCUGACUGUGGGACAGGCUCUCCGGAAACACGAUGUGAAGAAGUUGCAGCUCCAUCUGGCAGGAGUUUUCUCUUUCCAAAUAUUCCUCUCUAUCUCCCUAUUUUGUAACACGAAGCAGGAAUGCAAUUUUAAGCAGCAGUACUAACUGCAGGAGCCCUGACAUAACCAGUGGUCUGGUCUCACUAGUUCCAGCCCUUUGCAUUGCUCUGGGGCCUGGACAUUGCUCACGGCAAAGCCGCUGAGCUGCCUGGGGUCUGCACUGGGGGCUACGAGGUUUUUGGAGAGCUCUGCCCCAUGGAGGCCUUCCUCCCCCAAACCGAGUUUGGCAGAGGCCCCCUGACCUUCAGCAGGGCUCUGCGCUGUGUGGGAGGCUACCAAAGGACGUAGGAGGGAAGCCACAGGAGGAUUUGGUAUCUCUCGGCUCUCCUGGGGCUGGAAAGACAUUUUGCAGGUACUGUCACUGCUUUCUGAGAAACAACCAACCAAGCAACCCUCUGUACCUAAUCAAGGAGGACAGCUCCCUGUUGCUUUUCUAGCCCAUCAGGCUGUGUAUCUGCACCCUUCGUCAUCCCAAGGCUCCCUGGUUUUGCCAUAUCCCAGGCUUUGACCUUUUGCAGGAGGAAGGUGUUUGGGGUCCUGUGGAGACAUUUAACAAGCGUGGGGGAAUACAGAUGAGCGGUGAGAAUACCCGAGGUCUUCUGUGAGCUGUCCUUAUCUGGCUUCUAGAAAAGCUGGCAGUGAGAGUGCUCAGCUGCUAGAAAUCUGGUUUCACCUGAAGAAAUCUCUGGUGACGGGGGAAACACCAGUGAAAGAGGUGUACAAAGACAGUUGUUCUUAACGAGAGUUGUGGUGUGUGAGGAUGUGCUUGCUGGUGGCUGGGCCUGUCCCAUGUCUCCUUGUCCCGCCGUGCCUAGCUGACCGGCCUCCAUGCUCACCUGUCGGUGGGCCUCUGGCAAAAGCAGCUUCCCAGCUUCAAAGGACACAGCGCGGUGUGGUGUUGGACAGAUUCUGUCACCUGUCAAGCAUGGGCUGAGUGCUGCUGUGCAUUAGCUUCCCCUUCUCCUGGUGAGCCACGUGGAGAAGAGCCUGGGAGCCCGUCCUAGCGAGCAGGGCCCCGCUCCUCCUAGACUUGAGGUUACUUCUCCAUCACCUGCUUCGCGUGAGCCCGGGCUGUUCCUGCACUCUCCAACUUUGUAUUCAAUGUGCAAAGCUUUUGUUUCUUACUCAGAGCAAGAUGCAGCUUCUGAGAAGAAGAACCUGUCUGUGGUGCAGGCCACAUGCAAGGCUCAGAAAUCACGGGAGCGGAGAAGAUGCCCCAGCAGAGCGGCUCGCAUCAGGACGUACGAGACAGUGUCUUGCACUUUGGCUGAAUUUUCUGAGAAAAGGAGGACCUUAGUUGAAACUUGAAGUAGAUAAAGCCCUCUGAACACGCUGUGAAAAUUACGUUGCGUGGGAGAAGGAAGAGAGCAGAAAAGAUAGUUUAAGUGUUUUUAAAAGCACUUUGGUCUCUAGCUGGGUAUAGAUUUUGACGUUAAAUAACAAAGCAUUUGAGAGUCCUGUUCUGUUACUGGCUGCUGUCAGAAAUGAAAGAAUGCAGAAGGCUCACAAACCGUCUCCUUUGCUACUCCUAGGCUUAUUGAGAAAAAUCUGUUGGCAGGCAUUUCCUUUUCUUCUUCCCUUUUCUACCUUGUUUUCUGACAGGGGACUGAACUUUGUCUGAAAUGAAAAGUUUCGUGUUGUAUAGACAGAAUUAGAGAGUACAGUGGUUGGAUUUGAUUUGAUUAGCUGCUUUUUUUCUCUUGUGCAUGUACUUAAAUACUUGUUUUACUCCAUUUAUGAGACUUAAAAAUACAAAAAAUGCAAGAGAACAAAUCUGGAAGUAACCUUUGCAUUUUAAUGCAUUUAUUAGCAGGGCCUGAUAGAGAAAGCGAAAAUGUGAGUAAUGGAAACAACGUAGUGUCGCACUGCCAUCAGGUUUAUGUUGCCUAAUUCCCCACGUGAUGGAACAAAGCUUUUCUUGACCAGCAUGGAUAUAUAAACACUUUCAAGAUGGUUAAGAACUGUUGUGAAGAACCAAAUGGAAUGACAAGAGGGAGCACCCACUUCUACUGACGUCUAAUUUGUACAUUUGACAGUAUGGUUUCCUGACAGAAGAGUUUAUUAUAUUUUUUUAAAAACUUCAAACCUUUAUUAAAUAUGACACCAGUGGUGGUUUUGGAAAGAUGAGAAGGGACCCACUGCGGGUCAACUCGGUGAAGCUGAAAAUGUCUGCUCUUCUUGUGUACAUCCUGGUUACGAGAGGUUUCUUGUGACUUCUAAGCUUGUUACUGUUGACCUCAUGUGAACAAAACAAAAAGCAAGCUGAUUUUGGAAAACAAAAUGCCACGGAGAAGGAAAACUGGUGGAAGUCCCUCUCGGAAGAAUGGAACUGCUGUUGCUGUGUUUCAAGGGGACCCAAGCCUCUCAGUGUCACAAGCAGCAUACAGUGUCAAUAAGGAAGAGCUCUUCAACAGCAUGUCAGAAAUGUUUUCUGACUUGGAUCCUAGUGUGGUUUAUAUGGUUCUGUCUGAAUGUGAUUUUAAAGUAGAAAAUGCUAUGGAUUAUCUGCUAGAGCUGUCUACUCACGCCGAAGGAGCAGUAUCUUCAAAAAUCUCAGGUUUUGAUUCAGUAGUAUCAUCGCUAGCUCUUGUUAAUCAGCAAAGAUCUGUUGCAAAUCAAAGAAUGGGGGAAAGUACUGCAGAACACAGUAAUUCUGGAGAAGAAAAAGAAAAGGUCUUAUCACCUGAUGUGCAGCUGACUGAAGAACUGGAUUCCUUAAUAGAAAAUGCCUUUCAGAGAUACAGCUUGAGUGAUGAAUGGCCUAAUUCUGCAAAUGACCAAAUUGUAUGUGAACAUGAUGGCUUUAAUGAAUUUCCUCAGUGGGAAGAAUCUGGUCCAGGUUGCAAUGUCCUAAAUUUUCCACAGCAAAUAGGGACAAAUGAUGAGGUUUUAGAAAACUUCUGCUGUUCUCAGCCACCAGCGAGCCAACUGAGCAUCCAGACAAGCUUCCCAGCUGCAUCAGACACUUUUGCACAAGUAUUGGAAGAUUCUGAUUUGUCAGAAAUGCACAUUCACCAUGAGGUAGCUUCAGAAGCCUGUAAACAAUCAAGUGGAGAAAUGUCAUGUGGAAAUCCUGAUCAGGCACAAGAUACUGUUUCAGAUCAUAAAAGUGAAACUGCUGCUUCUGGUGAGUCCUCCCAAGGACCUCUGGAACUUGGAGUAGCUGUCAAUGAAAAUCCUAAUUCAAAGUGCUUGGAACAGGACAAAGAGGUAAUGACUGCCUGUAACAGCCACCAGAGCACUUCUCUUCCAAAGGCAUCUCUUGAAAGAUCCAGUUUCAAAACACCAAAACUUGUAGAUUUUCAGCAAUCUCAGCAGGGUUAUGACUCAAACUUUUCUAUGCCGUCAUGUCAAAGUCAUCAACACUGGAACCUCAUGGCUCCUGCGUUUUACCCUUCCAGUGGAAACCACAGCUUUGUAACUCCUGUGGCUGCCAGUCCAGGGCAGUGGAGACCUAUUUCAGACUAUAGGAAUUUGGAAGAAGGACUUUUUUUUUCUUCUCCAGCGGUUUCAAAUGCCUGGGAUAGCAAUCCUUCUCUGAAGGUAUGGGGAAAUCAAGAUAGAAACUCAAAAUUGAACCUCUCGCAAGCACAGCAACCACCUGUUUGUCACAUGAUGAGAAAAAAGAUGCACCUUAUAGGUCAAGUACUUGUUCUUCUCAGAGGUGUUCCAGGAUCAGGAAAAUCAUAUUUGGCAAGGACUUUGCUGGAGGAUAAUCCAGGUGGAGUCAUUCUUAGUACUGAUGAUUACUUUUGUAAACAUGGACAAUACGAUUAUGAUCCCGAUUGCUUAGGGGAAGCACAUGACUGGAACAGGAAACGAGCCAAAGAAGCAUUUGAAAUGAGAAUCUCUCCUAUAAUAAUAGACAACACAAACAUACAAGCAUGGGAGAUGAAGCCUUAUGUUACAUUGGCUCAGCAGUUCAAAUACAAAGUCAUGUUCCGCGAACCAGACACUUGGUGGAAGUUUAAACCAAAAGAACUUGAAAAGCGGAAUAUUCAUGGUGUAUCUAAAGAAAAGAUCAAGAGAAUGUUGGAGCGGUAUGAACGUUGCCUUAGUAUUAGAUCAAUCUUGGAUUCUUCAGUCCCAGACAAAUCAGAAGUUGUUGCCUGGAGUGAAGAUCCUCCUUGUCAGGAGGAAAGUAGUAGAGAGAGAGAGACGCAUUCUGAUAUAAAGGAAGAAAAAAUACUUGCUUCUGAUCCAGUGCCUCUUGAAUCAGCUGAAGAUGAUAAACAUGUUUCCGGUUCUUCUCUAACUUUAGAAAGUAACUGUACUCCUGAACAUCUUCAGAAAGAGGAAAAAGAAAUGGAAAAUAACUCAGUGGAACACAGUACUGAGAACAGCACUGUUCAAGAUGACUUGAAUGUUGAUUUGUCAGGUUGUGUAGAAAAAGAACUGCCCUGGGAGAAAAAAGAAGAAAAGGGAGAAGGAAUGGAAAGAAUUACUGAAACAGAAGUGGAUGAGGUUGAGGUGACCACAACUGAAGAGACCUUACACUUACAUAUAGGAGGAGCUGAGGAACACAGCAAUAACAACAUUCUCAAAGUUCAGGCUGAAACUGAACAAUGCAGUGAAAAAUGUACGGAACCAGAAUCAACACAGAGCAGUAACAUAGUGGAACCAAGCAGUUCUGCUCUGGACAAAUCAGGGAAACCAGAGCUACUAAACUUUCUGGGUGACUGGCCUGUACAACAAACAAUGGGACAGAGAGUCAAAAGAACUAGAAGACUAGAAAAGUCUUCUCUAAAGAAUGAUAGGGAAGGUAAAACUCCCAAUCCUGAAUUAAGUAAAGAGCAAGCAGGCCUAUCUGAUACCUGUACUGUUGAAAAAGGACAGGAGGAAGAAAAUUCAGCCUCUAGCUGUUUCUCUGUCAGUUCAGAUAUAGUUGUACCAGAACUGCAAAUGUUAGGACAUUGGCCUGUCUCCAGCUCAUUAGAACAGAGACAACAGAGGCCAAGGAGAAUGAGAAAGACAAGUCUAAGUCAGUCUGAUGAAGGUAGAAGUACUGAAGGUGAUGUUAAUAAAAAUGCUCUUGAGACUUUAGAUGUGCUUCGUGGGACACCUGUGAACACUGCAGAACAAGAAGAUACAAAAGGGUUGCAUUUUCACCAACCUGAAACAGUAGCUAGUAAAACAGUUGGUGAGAAGAAAACCCAGCAAAAUAAGAGAACAAGGAAACAUCACAAAUUAGCCCUCACUUUUACAAACAACAGUUUGCCCCAUCCAAAAGAAGAGGAACAGUUGUCUAUGCUUACUUCAGCAGAGGAGAAACAUGAUGUGUGCUCAUGUAGACAAAUAAAUAGCCAUUCACAAACUGAAUCACAUGAUUUUGCUCUCCUGUGGAGGUUAGAAAAGAAAAUGCUUUUUCCCGAAACUGUCAAAGUAUUGCAUGGCAGACUAGAUGGCUUUAAACCCAAAGAUGUGGAUAAUACUUCAGAUUCUCAGGAAAAAAUACCCUACCGAGUCAUGUACGAUAAAAGCACAUUUGUGGAAGAAAGCGAACUUACCAAUAUUGACGAGUCUGAAAAGCUAAAUAUGCUUUGUAAGCUCUUUGAGUCUUUUUCAUUUGAAGCUCUGAAAGACCUGUAUGAAAGAUGUAACAAAGACAUAGACUGGGCCACAGGUCUGCUGUUAGACUCUGAUGAAAAAUUGCACAAAGAUGUUGAUAGUGAGUGCUUUCAAGUAAGAGAAGCUGAGCCAGUUGUUGCAGACCUUGAUUUCAAGGAAAAUACAAACUACGAUGAGAAUCUCAAAAAUGGCAAACACACAGAGCAAAUCAUUGGGACUGUUGAUAUUUCUGAGCCUUCAGAAGUCAAGAACUCAUCAAUCAACGUUGCAGAAAGUAGGGAUACCAAGGCAAUUGUGACAGAUUCUGAUGUGUCUGACUCAUUUGCUGCUAUCUCGUUGAAUGAUUCAGUGGAACUGAAAAAUUCCAGCGAUAAAGCUUCUAGAGAUGAUGCAGACAGCUCCGCAGCAGGUGUCAUUGAGCAGUCCAUGUCAAGAAUGCAGACGAUGGAGCCUGUAAGCCCCGUUGAAGAAACGCGAAAUAAACUCUCAGCCUCAGAACUUGAUGCAGGUUUAUAUGUACCCAUGACUUCAUCUCAUGGUCUUAAUGCAACCACCAAUUUGAAAUCCAAAUUAAAUAACGAAAGUGAAAGUAGUAACCCUUCAGAAAGCAAUGCAGAGAAUGCUGAAGGGACUGCUUUGUUACUGGAAAUGGAUCGUGCACCUCUGAUGGGUCCUAGGAGUGAUAAAGAACUGGAAACUGAUAAAGACAUGCAGGGGAGUACCAGGGAGACUUGUGGUAAAGAAGAAAGUGAAACUGCACGCAGAGAUGAAGAUAAAACCAAGUUACAAUGCCCUUCAUCAGUAUCACCUUCAGCCUUCAGUAUAGAUAGCCUAGAACUAACAUUGCCUCCUGAACUGGCACUCCAGUUGAAAGAAAUAUUUGGACCUGUUGGCAUUGAUGCAGGAUCACUGACUGUUGAGGAUUGUGUGGUUCAUAUUGAUCUGAAUUUGGCAAAAGUGAUUCAUGAAAAAUGGAAAGAAUCUAUUCUGAAGCGUCGGAGGAGAGAUGAAUCAGGUUCUACACUGAUUCAGCAAAUAGAUAUGAAUGAUUCAGAAAUGCUGUUAUCUCAAAAUGUGGACAAUAAAAUGCAGAAGAAAAAAAUGAACUGGCUUUCAAGCUCAUCUAACGACAUACAGACUAAAAAAGCAACAUCAGAAAUUUUUCCUUUCAUGGAUCACUGGAAUGCUCAGACUCAGAAAGUUUCUCUCAGACAAAUAAUAUCUGAAGAAAUAGCCAUGCAGGAGAAACAGGACCUGAAACGUGUUCCUUCUAUGGCUAGAAAAGACUGUGCCGCUAAACUGAAGGAGAAGCAACUUUUUGAGAUGUUUCCAACUAUUAAUCAAAAUUUCUUAAUGGAUGUCUUCAAAGACAACAACUAUUCUUUAGAACAGACCGAACAGUUUCUGAACUGUGUUCUGGAAGCAGAUCCUGUAAAAACAGUUAUAGCUCAAGAAAGUGUUCAGCAAAAUGAAAAUGUUUCUUCCUACAGUGCUGCAAAGAACCGUGAGAAGAAGGCAAAAAAAGCUAAGGAAGAGGAUGAUGUUUUGAGUGAAAUAUUUCAAGAAUAUGAGUAUCCACAAUAUGAUGAUUUAAGAGCAGAAGCUUUUCAUCACCAACAAAAGAGACAGGAAUGCUUGAAAAAGGCUGGGGAGGCCUAUCACAUGGGAAUGAAGUCUGUGGCAGCGUUUUAUGCACAUCAGGGUCGCCUUCACGAGCAGAAGAUGAAAGAAGCCAACCAUGCUGCUGCUGCGCAGAUCUUUGAGAAAGUAAAUACUUCCUUGCUGCCUCUGAACGUGUUGGAUCUGCAUGGUCUCCAUGUGGAUGAAGCUGUGAAUCGGUUGUCCAGAGUGCUGCAGGAAAAAUGUGAAGAGUACCAACAGACAGGUGGUAAACCUUAUCUGUGUGUUAUCACGGGAAGAGGAAGCCAUAGUCAGGGAGGAGUUGCUCGCAUCAAACCAGCAGCUAUCAGAUACCUCACAAGCCACAACUUCAGGUUCGCAGAAAUAAAACCCGGCUGCCUGAAAGUCAUGCUGAAUUGAAGGGUUGUCAAGAAGAGAUGGGGAAUACAGAAACUGAGAUGUUGGAUUACAGCUAACAACUUUUUGAACAACUGCAAUAAUAUUUUGUAAUCUGUUUUAACGGAUGGUGUUUUUUCAGAAAUGGUAUCGAUUUACAGCAAGUGGUCUUGUCAGUAUAUUUCCAAGAAAACUUUCAUGUCAGAUGGAUCUUCUUUUUGAAUCUGCACAGAGACGACAUUUUACAGGUUUUGGAGUCUUACAAAUGCAGAUUAAGAAUUCUGAUGAGCGUUAUGUGAUGUUUUAAAGGGAAGUUAAGGUACAAUUUUAAAAUACAACUCUUAACAUACCCAGCCUAUGACUCUUUCUUCACCUUCAUCCAUUUAAAUUGCAGUGGAUUCUGUGCUUUUGAAAUGUAGUACCUUGGACUUUUAUGAUUCAGAAUUUUGUGCAAAACCCCUCAGAAGAGCACAGGGAGGUGGGAACUCAGCAACUACUGAUAUUUCAAAUCCAGUUACUGUUGAAUGAUAAAUACGUCCAGAUUUCAAGAGUCUGAUUUAGUAUUUUUAGUGGUCAUUUUGUGAUGGCUUGACCAGUUCUGUUGUCCUUACUCCAUUCUAAACUACUACUGACACUGAUGGAAGUUACAUAUAAAGGACUGUGCAUUAAGACCAGCUGUAUGUUAGGUAUGUUUUACAGAGUUACUGUGAUACAUUAAAGGGGAAAAUACAACACUAGUUACAUCUCUACUCACACAUAGAUAAUGCUGUAAUUUUGGAAAAAACACUCAUUUAAAAAAAACAACUAUUGGAUGAAAAUUGUUUCUUCCUUUUAUGUCUUUUAUAAUGGAGCAAAAUGAGUACUGUUUCAUUUUACAGGUGUCUAAUGGUGAUGUCUUCAUUCUGUGUGUAUUAAAUUUGGUAAUUUUCUUGUAGUAAAUAUGUUUAUCUGUGAGACAUUUUAAAUGUAAUUUUUAACAUCAAAAUGAAUGCUAAUACUGCAGUAGUAAUUGCCUAACUGGAAAGUCUAGGAGUACCAAAGCUACUCUGGUGGUGGUGCAUCAGCAUUUAAAAAUACUCCUGUUUAAAAACAAAGACAAACAAAAAGAACAGCAAGAAAAAAUAGAAACACCUGUACUUUGUCAAACAUUUCCAAUAAGCAAUUGGAUAAGAAAAAAAAAAAGAUUUUUCAUUGAAAUAUUUCUUAGAAUACAUUACAACUUACAUCUUUGCCUCUUAAGAGGCAUAAGAAUUCUUUAAACAAUUUGAUUUUUUUAUGUAAGACUUUUUUUUUUUCAGAACAGAUAUGAGUUGUGUGUUAGGAAUAGUAUUAAUAGAUUAAGGAUUAAUAGGAGAGUCUUUCAUUUUUAAAUUACUUCCCUAGAAAAUUUUAUCAAGGAACUACAUGCAUACAGAAUUUGUAUAUGAAUCAAUAUGUGUGUGCAAGUUCUGCCAUUUGUGUGCACGGGUAGUAGUAAGCAAGGAACUUCUGUGAGAAAAGCUGUGCACAGAAACAGGUUUCAUUUCAAAAUGUGUCUGUGUAAGUUGCUGACAAACUGAAAGACAUGAUGUUUCUUGAAUAUCCAUAUUUGCUGUAAUAUAUACACAGUGAACACAAUGUACAGUAGAUCUAAAAAUGAGUUUGUCAUGCUUCAACACAGUUAUCUUUUUAUGGUGAUUUCAAAUGCAAGAAUAGCUUGAAUAAUAUUUAAUCAAAGAGACUCCUACUGGAAUAAUAGAUUGCUGUAAGUAAUAAGUUUUAUGUUUUUGUGGAUACUUAAUUCAUCCAAAUUGUUUCCCUUUUUCUCCUUGCUGGGCUACUCUGGCAAGCAGUGUUUGAAGUACAAAAGGUCUGGGCCCCCCAAACAGCACUAGCAGGGCUGUUUAGGCUACUGCACGACAUCCUGUGUGAUCAGGCCUGUGCUGUGUCCUCUGUGACAGUGCCUAAAAUGGACUGAGAUGUCACAAGAUAGCAGGUCACCUUGUUAUCAGCUGUCCAGGGCUGCAGACCUUUGAAUUGCUUAAAUGGAGCUUGGAUCGUUCUUUUGAACAAAGAAACUUCCUUCUGCUUCUGAGCAGAUUGCCCAUAGUGCUACUUCUUAUAAUGAGUGGAGGUGCAGCUCUUUGAGGCACCUCUUUAAAGCACAGACCCUGUUGGUUGGCCUGAGUGGCAGAGUUGCCCAGCAAUGGUUCUAGCAUAUGCCCAGAAGUGUCACGCCUCGAGCCGCUGGGUGCCGAAGCUCUGCGGUGAUGUGCUUGUCCACGGGGAAGUGCCCGUGCUUCUGGUUGUUUUGGGAGGGGGCCUGAUUCCCUCAGUACAUUCGCACCAUUCCUGACGUGGACAAAAACAGCGUAGAUUUCAGUUCAAAAGAUGAGCAGAAGAAGUUGUUGUCUUGCCCAUCUGUUCAUCAUAGCCUAGUUGUUGACGUGCUUACCCUGGAGGUGAGAAAUGCAGCUUUUCACCUUCUUCUGGCUUAGCAGGGGGACGGCGAUUGCACUUGACUCUCACUUCCCCAGAAAAUGCCAUAACCAGUGCGGUCGGGGUAUUCUUGAAGUGCCGCUUUCUGAGCCUCUGUCAAACCUGCUCCUGCAAGCUAAAAAUUCAAGAUCAAGGGGGUGAAAGAGAUUAAACUAUAGGAGUGCAUAAACAGUCUCAUGAAGAGGGCUAGGACUCUUAGAAAGAAGCUGUACCUGCUGAGCUUCAGUGUCCCUCCCUAUAAUUAUUUUCUCUCUUUAUUCCUAUUUGGUUAAAUGCAUAAAUACGUUCAAGGCAAAACCUCAGUUCCACCCUUACUGGAGAGUUUUUUCCCAUCUGUCAGAGUCAGCAGAGAAGUGCAUAGCUCAGGAGCAAUUUGGAGUCCUUCUUUCUCUCCCUCUGUCCGUUGUCCUUUUGGGUACAGGCAUGCAUUCAGUGAGGUACUCUGAAUACCUUACCUGGUUAUAUGUUGGUCAUUUUCCUAAUUAAAAGUUGUUUGAUUACAGGCUGAAUUUUGAUGACAGACGAUAGUUUAAAAUUGUAAUGCAAGCAGAACCAGUCUUGCUUUUAUUGAAGUGGGAGAUAAAACCUCCCUCAGCUUCAGUGGCUCGGGAUGAGGCACUGCAGCUCCAAUUCAGAAAAAACAUGAUGAGCUCAGGCUUUUUCUUCCACAGGAGUUGAAGUGUGUGCUUAGAAGCUUUUCUGAGCUGAAUGCAGAAUGGAGAAAGAUGAUCAGUGGAGAGAGAGAAAGUAGGGUUUUAUUAUUAAGGAACUCCAUGCUUUCAAACACUUGCCAAACUGUCCAUAAAAACACAUGGGAAUCCUUGUAUUUCUUUGAUUGUUUUUAUAAUGGGAUGAAUAUUUUAUAGUGGGAUGAAUUAUUUCAAAUAUAGUUGUUUGAAAAUGGUAUUUGAAAGUAGGCUACGUUUUAGAACUUCCAGCCUUUCUGAUGUCUUUUCCAGUUGCAUCAGUGAGAGUCCCGAGGUAUAUCAUGUAAAAAUCUUAUUUUUAAUUGAAGUAGCAUGUAGUAUUGCCACCAGCACUCUGAAAUAAUGUGCGACUUUUCAAAUACCUAUAUUGUGUACCACUUUUUAAUCUAUUAUUCAACAGCAUGUGGUUGUGAUGACUGCUGUCCUCUUAAUACAUGACUUUUUGUUUCUUUUUUUUCUUCUAUGAAACAUGUUAAUAUUUAGUCCAAUUUUUAAUUUAGGAAAUUUCUCAUAUUUUUUUUUUCACACCAAAUUUAAUGCUAGUGCCAGCAUUGAUGAAUAACCGUACAGUAAAGAAGAGAAAGCAAGCUCACAAGUACAAUGGAGAUGGUUAUUCUCUAAAGUAAUGUGGGUGUUUAAAAAUAUAUUUCAGUCGAUUAUGAAAGCAGUGGGGCAAAAGUGAUUUUUAAAAGAUACCUUGAUAAUACUUGGAUGAACUUGGAUUUUGGUUUUAAUAGUAUGUGGUAUGUUGUUUAAAGGUAAUGUCUUUAUAGGCCUGUUGAAGGACACCUCAGGCAAAGUUUAACUGGCGUUUUUUGUGGCUGUGGGAAACCAGUGUGACUUGGGAGUCCCCAUUUAGACAAUGUCCGGAUGCCCUAGUUUAACCUGGUUGUGAGCACGUACAGUGUUUGGGGAGAUCUUUGCAGAAGGUCGGCCAAACGUGUACUCUGAACAAGGUCGCGCUUGAGGAAGUGAGGAGUAACCAAAUUGUUAUUUCAUCUUGCCACAAAAUACGGUCGGUAUUUAAGAAAACAAUUUUAUUGUUGAUAAUAGCAAAGAAGGAUCAUCAUUAAUGUACUACGAUAAAUUAUACAUAGACUCUAUGUUGCUCAUGCUUAUAUCUUCUAAUGCAAUUCACGUUUCUAGAAUAAUUCUGCUCUCUUCACAGAGCUGGGGAGAGGAUAUAGUAUGGACAUUGACAAACAAGUGUUCAUCACCACAGUUCCUGUGUAUGACGAUUACUUUCUUUUUUCUUGAAUAAAAAUAUUUUUAAUAAAAAAGAACUCCAAUGAAAACCCAACUGAUCAUGCUAUUUCAAUGGUAUUUCAGCUAAAUACCCUGCUGAGUAUCAAAUGACUAUAUGAAUAUGCAUGUGAAAAGACCUAGUAUUGCAGCUACCAGUUGUAAAAGCUUUUAGGACCAGUACGUUGGAAGAUAUCAAUGUCUAUUUUUAAAUUAAAAUUAAAAAAAAUAUUUUUUUUAUUUGUAUAAAGUUGUAAUUUUGCUGUUAACUAUAACUUUCAUUUUUUACUGAAAUACAAUUUUGUAAUUUGAAUUUAGAAUUUCUAAUGUGAAAAGGAAUUUACAAAAUCUAGUUUAAUAAAGAAUUUUUGCCACAA